AUGAACCCGUUCAGAUUUCUGGCUUCAAGUCAAGAUGCUUCAGCUUUUCCCCGAGAUUUUUCUGAAUCUCAUUUCCAAAAUCCUCCACAAGAUCCUUCUCUUCUACAAGCUCCAAAACAGAAUCCACUAAAAAGAGCCCAUGAUUUUUCUGAUUUAUUUUUCAUUCAAGCUGAACCUCCUGCAAAACUUGCAAAAAAAUUAGAAGAAAUCGAUAAAUCACAAUUCAUAAAUCAUCAAGACAUUCUAUUCAUGGAAGAUUUUAUGGAAGAAGUGAAUAUUUCACCAAUCGAUAUAAGUUUCGGAUAUCAAGGAUGUUUCAAGAUCAAAAGAUCGAUUAUUUUCAAGACUUUACAACCGGAGCUUUAUAUGCAUUGUGUAGAUGUGAUUUUACGAAGAAGUUUGUCGAUUGUGAAGGGGGAUUUGAAUUUGAGGUUGAUUGAUGUUCGGUGAGUUGAGAUUCAAGGUUUCAAAUGACUUCAGGAGGCUUCAGAAGGCUCUGGAGAACUUUUGAGUGCUCAUGAAUCUUCAGAAGAUCUCAGAUAGCUUCAAAAGGUUUCAGAAGGCUUUAGUAGACUUCAGGAAGCUUCAGAAGGUUUCAAAAAGCUUCAGAAGAUCUUAGAAGGGUUCAGAAGGUUUCAGGACGCCAAAAAACAAGAACAAAAAUCCGAAAAAAAUUUCCGAAAUUUUCCAAAAAUUGAAUUAGACUAACUCAAUUUAAGCUAACACACACUGAUUUGAAUCUUUUGGAAAAGGAGCUGGAUAUUCAGUAUCAAAAUCUUCGAGUGCGUCGCGGUUGCAACGCGGUUUCUUCCCGAUGAAAAACAUUUUUUUUUUAAAUUAAAAUUCCAGAUUCAUCCACCCACAACUUCCACAAGGUCAAAAAUGUUUUUUCAACAAAACAUUCUCAAGAAAAAAUGUUCAGGAAAUGGUUAAUGAACUGAUCCUUGCUGAAAAGCAGAACCCAAAAUUCGGAUUUGAUGAAAAUCUACAAAUUCAUAUUGCUAUCAUUAACAGAACUGUGAGUUUUGUUUUUUUUUUUGAGUGAAAAAAAAUAAAAAUAAAUGUAAAUUUUUUUUUCAGAAAUACGUUUUGGGAGAAAAUAACACAUUACUAAAGGCAAUUGCGAUUUGCCUUUCUUAUGAACUUCAAAAAACCGACAAAUCAUUUUAUAUCAAUUUUGCAUAUUUAUUGCAAGAAGAGCAACAGCAAGAUCAGGCUGUGGAGUUUUUGUUGAAAAAAUAUAUUUUGAUUCCGAUUGAUUUCACAAUUCAAACGAUGCCGCUAAUUGCUGAAAAAAUGGUGGAUUAUGAGAUUAUUGUGAUAACCAAAGAUUCGAGAUUAAUUUUCAAUGAAGGACAAGCUAAAUGUAUUACUCUUGCUGAAAUUAAUGGAAAAUUUGAUGCUGUAAUUUAA